UUAAGGAAUUUGUGAUGGAAUACUUCCCUCUCGUACUUUCCAUUUCGCGUGUCAUUCCUCUUUCCCGUCGCGCCUCCGUCGACUUCUGUGUCUCGUAGGUACAGCAUCUCCGUCUCUCAGUUGCAACAUCUGCGUCUCUCUCUCUCUCUCUCUCUAGGUUUAGGUUUAACGCAGUAGAGAAUAUUGUUCAACAAAGAAGAAAUAUACGGUGUUAAAAUGGAGUUGUCAAAGAACCAAAUUUUUGCUGUUCACGGGGUUGCUGGUGCUGGGUCAGUGGCUUUUGCCACAGCUUUCACCUAUCCUCUCGACACUAUCAAAGUCCUCACUCAGGUUGGUUCCAGUGCCGGUAAAGAAUUGAAUGCAUCCCAGGUUUUUAUGAGAGUAAUCUCCGUGUCCGGCAAUGCAGGUCUUUUCGGUGGUUUUGGUUGGAUGGCAUUUGGAAGGGUUUUUGGUCUCGGAGCACGAUUUGGGGUUUACGAAGUCCUAACAGCCUUCUGUAAAGAUGGUCGAGAAGAUAAUUAUGUCACUGCUUCAGAGGCUCUUUUGUCUGGCAUGGUUGCUGGUGCCACAGAGACAUUCAUAAGCUCUCCAUUUGAACUCAUCAAGCUUCGUAUGCAGGUUACCUCUGCUUCAAAUGUUCCAAGUUCAAACUUUGCUUUGCAAGAGGGGGCUCGCAAACCGUUGAUUGCAAGAUUACUCACUGGCUGCUAUCCGGACAAGAGGUCUUUGAACCAAUAUGUUGGUCUCAUGUCCACCCUAACAACCAAAAACACUAACCUUACAGGUGCUUUACUGGAGUAUCCAUGGGCAAUGACAGGAUCUGGGAAGCCACCAUCAGUUUGUAAUGUGAGAAGGCCAUCAGACAUUAUAUCUUUGGAAGGAUGGAGAGCAUUGUGGAGAGGUUUGCGUUCUGGAAUUGUUCGAGAUUCUGUGUUUAGUGGCGUAUUUUUUUCGAGUUGGCAACUUUUGCACCAAGCAAUGCUUGAUUGGAAGGCUGUAGGGAUGAGUCCUCCACCCAGGUUAAAUGAAGAAGUUGGUCCUUUGUCUCCUUUGGCUGUUAGUCUUGCUGCUGGAUUUUCAGCUUCAGUUGCUGCCGCUGCUUCUCAUGGUUUUGAUACAACUAGAAGUAGAUCACAAUGUACUGUGCUGCCGAAGAACAUGAGUACAAUUGGAUAUGCAAAGAUAAUCUCCUUAAACUAAAUAAACACUUACACAACUUUAAUAAAGAGUACUCUUAAGGUUUAAUCUCUCUGCAUUUCAACCAAGGAGAAGAAAAGCAUAUGCUGAAGAUGUUUAAAACUAUGCUGUCCCAUAUUAUGUCCAUGGUCAGAACUUUUAUAUUUAAAUUCCAUGAAUUCAGCAUCUUAUUUACUCAAAGAAAAAAUUUCUGUUUAACCCAAUAGGAUGGAGCCAUUUUCUAUUUCCAGAUAUGUACCUCUAUGCUCUGUAGUCCCAAGUUCCUAACAAGCAAUCAAACACUUAUAGGAUAGCCUUUGUUUCUCAAUAGCCAUCACAUUUAAUGUCAUGAGUAAGUUGUAAUAAUAGGGAAUAUAAACAUGUAUAAUAUAAACUCCCCUGCGGGUUGAGUUUAUACCAUAAAAACAACAGUGAAAAAAAAUACCAACACCACUGGGCAGAAGAAAUUGUCAACUGUUACAUAUUCCCUAUAGAUAGCCUUUGUUUCCCGAUAGCCAUCACAUUUUAUGAUUUCACACUUGCUGCCCUGAUGUUUAGUACUGAUAUCUGCUUAGUAAAUCAAGCUUUAAAAGUUACUGGGGCAAAAUGUUUGAAUGAUGUCAAACUAGCAAAAUUAAGCAUCGUUGACUGCUGGAUUAGUUUGGCAUUAGUGUCUUCAUAUUCCCAUAACCGACCCUUAAUUCAAAUAAUUUUUUUUUCUUUUCAUUUAGACUUACAAAGGCAUUUUUGUGGUUUACCAGUGGUUAUUUACUUGACAGAAACAAUAUUUUGAUACAUAAUUUUGACAACAAUUUGAGUGGUUAAUGCAAUUUAAAUGUAGUUAAUUACAUUAAGUGAAUGGUUAACGAAUAUAACCAAGUGUUGCAACUUAUUAACCAUCCACUAAAUGUAAACCACGAUUUUGAACUUCAUUAACCAUAAUUUUGAGGUGUUCAAAUGUACGUGAUAUCCAUUAAUCAUCCAUAUUGUGUUCAAAUAUACAUGAUGUUUAAGUGUUAAAAUAUACAUAAUAUCCAUUAACCAUGAUUUGUGUUCAAAUAUACACGUGAAAAUUGUGAUUAACCGACAUUUAAAAUCGUAGUUAAUUGUGUUCAGUUGAUAGUUAAAGAGUUGCGAUACUUGGUUAUAUUCAUUAAUUAUCCACUAAACACAAUUCACCAUUUAUUUGAACUGCGUUAACCACCCAACUUGUCGAAACUUGUUGUCAAAUUUGUGUCAAAAUAACAAUUAUUUACUUAAAGUUUAGAUGCUUAGUUCUUCAUAAUGUCAUUUCAAAUAUUGAAUAUUAUUUCAAUUAAGUAAAGUAAAAAAAUGUAAUUUCACAUAUUUCCAAAUUCCAACCAAUAUCUGUUAGU